AUGCAGGUACCUUCCCUGAUUCUUUUGGGCGAGACCGCCACUAGAUACUUAAUAGAUACAGAUCCCCUAGACAAACUGCCAGUCGCACACGAAGCCGAAUUCGACUCCUACAAAGACCAACACGAAGAAGAAUGUCUGCCAGGCACUAGAACCGAACUUCUCAGCAAAAUCCAAGAAUGGGCCAUAUCACCAGAGGGAAAAUGCAUGUUCUGGUUAAGCGGGGUGGCCGGAACUGGGAAGUCAACAAUAUGCCGGACUGUGGCUAGACGGUUGAAACAGGACCGAUUACUAGCAGCAACUUUCUUCUUCAAGAGGGGCGAGGGUGAUAGGGGGAAUGCAACGAAAUUCUUCACCACGGUCUCGAGACGGAUCGCGAAGAGUACGCCCGAACUAAGAUUGCUUAUUCAGAAUGCCCUUAGUGAGGACACUGAUAUUGCGACGAGGUCACUUAAGCACCAAUUCGAUACCUUGUUACUUCAGCCAAUUCAAGAGCUCAGGAAAUCGAACUCCCAUAUCCCGACUAGGGUUAUCGUGAUAGAUGCGUUGGAUGAAUGUGACCCGGACGAUGACAUACAGGUUAUACUACAGUUACUCCCACAACUACGCGAGGCACUAAGUCUACGGAUAUUCCUGACUAGCAGACCCGAGCUCCCUAUCCGUCUAGGAUUCUCCGAAAUGUCAGAUGACGCCUACCAGAAUCUAGUUCUUCACCAAAUUCCCGAAACGGUGAUCGCACACGAUAUAACCCUAUUCUUGGACCACCGACUGUUGAAAAUUAGGAAAAAUCAAUCACUGCCGAAUGACUGGCCGGGAUCUACAAAUAUCCAAGCUCUCGUGGCUCUAUCCGUGCCAUUGUUUAUUUUCAUCGCGACUCUUUGCCGAAUGUUUGAGGACCCGCACUGGGAUCCGGUGGAUAGUCUAGAUGAGGUACUCGGGUAUAAGAGAGACGGAUCACAAUUGGAAGCGACUUAUCUUCCUAUAUUGAAUCGACUUCUUAAGGGACAACGCAAGAGACAAGAGUCCCGGCUAGUUGAAGAAUAUCAGAGAAUUCUUGGCACGAUCGUGAUACUUGAGCGACCACUCUCGAUUACGACGCUUUCAAAGCUGGGCGAUCUACCUGAGCGCUUGAUCGGUCUCAGAUUAAAGCUAUUGCAUUCGAUUUUGAACGUGCCCGAGGAUACAUCUCUGCCAGUACGGCUAUUUCACCUUUCUUUUCGGGACUUUCUCCUCGAUCCAGAAACAAAGGCGACAAAUCCGUUCUGGGUGGAUGAGAAGGAGAACAAGAACCAGGAAAUAAUCGACUUCCUCCAUGAUGCUAAACGUUUUCUUUUGAAAUUCAGACAAAUCGCCGACGAAGCACCCUUGCAAAUAUACUCCUCGGGACUUCUAUUCACCCCCAGAAAGGCAAUUAUUCGGAAAUAUUUCAAAGAGGAGCUUCCUAGCUGGGUAUUGAGACCACCAGAUGUCGAAGAAGCCUGGAGCGAAGAUCUACAGUCUCUCGAGGGACAUUCAUUCGGUGUUCAAGUCGUUUCAUUUUGCUCCAAGGGUCGGAUUUUAGCAUCGGGUUCAUUCGACAAGACGAUCAGACUGUGGGACACGAGAACGGGUGCACUGCAGCAAACUCUUAGAGGCCACUCGGAUGGAGUUUCAUCCCUGGUAUUCUAUCCCGAUAACAACGGUAGGUUUCUUGUAUCCGGCUCCUACGAUAAAACGGUUCGGCUAUGGGAUACUGUCACUGGCGAAAUGAAGUGGUGUCACAAUGAUCAUUCAGAUGGCGUGACGGCCGUGGCUGUAUACCCAAACAGUCGACUUUUCGCAUCGACUUCGUUCGACCGCACAGUCAUGUUGCGAGAUAUGACCACUGGCGCGAUCCUCCAGCCGCCUCUUACGGGCCAUUCACGCUCUAUAUUCUGCCUAGCAUUCUCGGCAGACGGAAAACUGCUAGCAUCCGGCUCUCGAGAUAAAACCAUACGUCUUUGGGAUUCUACUAGCGGAGCUUGGCAAAGGACGCUUCUGGGCCAUUCAGAUCUAGUUUACUCUGUGGCAUUUUCCCCACAGGGUCUUUUAGCAUCUGGCUCCGAAGACAGAACAGCUCGACUCUGGGAUCCCGCUACGGGUGCGCUGCUGCAAUGUUUCGCGUCUCGCAUUGAACUAGACGCAGUUUACGGGGUCACUUUCUCGCCCGAUGGGAGACUUUUAGUGACUGGUUCCGGUGAUAGAACUGUCAAGGUUCGGGAUACUGCCAUGGGAACCUUGAAGCAUACGUUCAAAAGCCAUUCGGCUUUGGCUCGGUCUGUGGCGUUCUCUCCUGAUGGCCAUACACUUGCGUCAGGCUCCUUGGACCACACAGUACGGCUCUGGGAUUUGUCCACACACAGUUCACAGCAGAGUGAUGAUGGUCAUUCUGAUUGGGUUUGGACUAUCGUAUUUUCACCUGAUAAACAAAUCCUGGCUUCCGCGUCGUGGGAUCAUACUGUGAAACUUUGGGAUCCCAUCUCAGGCCAUCUACAGAGAACACUGAAAGGUCAUUCGGAUGCUGUUUUGGCGAUAGCAUUUACCUCUGAUGGCCAAUAUCUCGCGUCUGGUUCUCGAGAUGAAUCUAUCAAGAUUUGGGAUAUCACCACGGGUUCUCUACAGUUGACGCUUAUAGGCCAUAUGGACCCAAUCUACUGUGUCACAUUCGCCCCUAUUAGUCGACUCUUGGCAUCUGGAUCGAGCGAUGAUACAGUUAAGAUAUGGGACGCUACUACUGGCGCUCUUUUGCAGACACUCAAAGGCCAUUCAAGCUCUAUUCACUGUGUGGCAUUCUCCCCCGAUGGUCUAUUGUUAGCUUCCGGCUCGAGUGAUCAUACAGUAAAGCUUUGGGACAUUGUUACGGGUACUCUCCGCCAUACUCUUGAAGGCCAUCAAGAUACGCUCCUAUCUUUGACCUUCUCCCACAAUGGCCAGCUUCUAGUUACUAGUUCGAGCGGCCAGACCGUCAAGAGUUGGGAAGUCAUGAGCGCAACCUUGCAACACACCUACAUCAUGAACGGGGAGGUCACCGGAUUGGAGUUCUCGAACAACGAUUCAUAUCUGAGAACAAAUCUUGGGUUACUCUAUCUCCAAUCUUUGGAUGAUCCUAACACUCAAAUCUCCCAUCUCGCCAGCGAGGGCAUAUCCAUAUUAGAGGAUACAUGGAUUGCAAUCUGCGGCGAGGCAGUCCUGUGGCUACCCCCCGAGUAUCGAUCCGUCUGCUCUGCCAUUCACGGUAACAAGGUUGUCCUGGGACACGCCUCGGGUCGAAUUUCAUUCCUAGGGCUAUCAUGUUAUAUUGAUCAAGAAGCAUCUGGCCGCUAG